AGGUCAUGUCUGAAGCUCUUUGCCGGAAACCAAAGCGAGAGAAGCCGUCAGUAAAGACUCACAAAUCCCGACCCCCGACGACGCGACCGACCCCCGAUCCGCAACACACAUCAAGCACACAAUCAAGAUGGCUGUGAAGCCCAUUGUUGGUAUGCUCCGCCGGGGCCUCAUUCUCGAUCUCGGAAUCGCUCUUGGUAUCGGCACAAUUAUGGGCAGCGCCUUCUGGUACGGAUACCACGUUCCCCGCAGGAACAUGCGCGACAACUUCUACAGGAAGCUCGAGGACGAGCGCGCUGCGGCCCGCCAGUAAGAGGGGGGCUUGCGAAGGCCGACGCGAUCCGACAUCAACCAGAGAAAGCGACGAGCCCUCAUCAACUGCCUGUAUAUAUCCGCCCAGAUGACAAUCAAAUUCUGAAAGGAUGAUUUGGGACGAGGCUAGAAUGGGUUGCGUUCGACUUGAUGGGAAUAGACAGUUCAGGCAAUGAACUAGGCAUCCUCUGGUCGCACGCGCCUCUUUUCAUGCGUAUUUCGAUCUAGCGCCCAGACUAGGAUGCGUCAUUCCGACCUGUUUCCAUGAUAGCGUUGCUCUAACAAGGCGUUGACAAUUCAAUCCGGCGACGCAAGGCGCAGCUUCACAGACUUUGGUAAUGUGGGUUAUGUUCGCAGACAUCGAGCUUCUGCCACUCUGUGUCGACCCCUGCUGUUUGGAAAUGAUGCGCAGCCUAUACGAAUGUGGGGGGCAUUUCUUAUAUCUGAUCCUGAACCCUCCGAAGUUGGCGAAUGUGACUUUGUACCUCUUCCG